AUGCGAUCACAUCGAGCUGUGGCAGCCUGCCAGCGUGAGUUUGCCGUUCGAAAGCUCCAUGAGGCCAUCCAGAUCACGAAGGUUUAUCGUACGCGGCUAGAGAAAGCCAAGAAGCAGAUUGCCCGCGUCGAUAUGCAGCUCGGCGAACUACGAUGCGCCGUCAGAAAGAAGGGCAUCACUGCGCACCAUCGUAAGUCAUAUGCGGAUGCCCUCUAUUCUACCAAUUACAGAAUUGCAAUUCCUCAAGAACGGUCUGCGCGAGACUGA